GCGGCGGCGGGCGGCGCGCAGGAGCGGGGCCGCGCAGGAGGCCGGGCCGGGCCGAGCGCAGCUGCGCCCCCGGACGGGCGGCCACUCCCCCGGGGCCGGGGCGGCGGGGGCGGCAGAGGAUGGAAACGCCCUUCUACGGCGACGAGGCGCUGAGCGGCUUCGCCUUCCCCGCGGCGGCCCCGACGGCGGGCGCCAUGCUCAAGAAGGACGCGCUGGCGCUCGGCCUGGGCGGGCAGGUGGCCGCGGCGCUCAAGGCCGGGCCCGCGCCGCCCCCUGCCGCCCUGCGCGCCCCCGACGGCGCCCCCGGCCCCGCCGCGCCCCCCGACGGGCUGCUGGCGGCGCCCGAGCUGGGGCUGCUGAAGCUGGCAUCGCCCGAGCUCGAGCGGCUCAUCAUCCAGUCCAACGGGCUGGUGACCACCACGCCCACCAGCCCCCCGUUCCUGUACCCCAAGCCGGCGGCCAGCGACGAGCAGGAGUUCGCCGAGGGCUUCGUCAAGGCGCUGGAGGACCUGCACAAGCAGAGCCAGCUGGGCGCCCCGGCCUCCGCCCCCGCCCCCGCCCCCGCCGGGGGGGCCCCGGGCCCGGCCGCCGCCUCCGCGCCGCCCGCCGAGCUGGGCCCGGCCGCCGCCCCGCCCGACGCGCCGGUCUACGCCGACCUGGGCAGCUACGCGGAGCCCGGGGCCUUCCCGCCGCCGCCGCCGCCGCCGCCGCCUCCCCCCGGCGCGCUGGGGCCGCCGCCGCCGCGCCUGGCCGCGCUCAAGGACGAGCCGCAGACGGUGCCCGACGUGCCGAGCUUCGGGGACAGCCCGCCGCUGUCGCCCAUCGACAUGGACACGCAGGAGCGCAUCAAGGCCGAGCGCAAGCGGCUGCGCAACCGCAUCGCCGCGUCCAAGUGCCGCAAGCGGAAGCUGGAGCGCAUCUCGCGGCUGGAGGAGAAGGUGAAGGCGCUCAAGUCGCAGAACAGCGAGCUGGCGUCCACGGCCAGCCUGCUCCGCGCGCAGGUGGCGCAGCUCAAGCAGAAGGUGCUCAGCCACGUCAGCAGCGGCUGCCAGCUGCUGCCGCAGCACCAGGUGCCGGCCUACUAGCGCGCUCGGACCCGGGGCCGGCAACCGGAUGGGACCCGCUGAGCGCGCU